UGACUCCUCCUCUCAGGGAUUGGCCGGGAAGAGGAACUUUCCGGGGGGAGUGACAGACUGCGCCGCUGCGGGCUGGACUCCAGGGUGCGGGUCGGGAUCCCUGCGGCUGGCGCAGAAGCCUUUGCUUUUGCCUCUCACCCAAACCAGGGAGCCACAGCCAGGCUGAUACUAGGAGCUCAGCAAGAUGUGGAACCCCCUACAGGAAACCAGCGGGACCUGGGUUUCGGGGCGCCGCCCACGCUGGCUCUGCGCCGGGGCUCUGCUGCUGGCCUCGGGCCUGUUCAUCCUGGGCUUCCUGCUUGGAUGGUUUAUGAAGUCCUCCCAUGAGUCAACUAACAUCGUUCCACACCAUGAUAUGAAGAUGGCAUUUUUUGAAGAAUUGAAUGCUGAGAACAUCAAGAAAUUCUUAUAUAAUUUUACAAGGAUACCACAUUUAGCAGGAACAGAACAAAACUUUCAUCUUGCAAAGCAAAUUCAAUCUCAGUGGAAAAAUUUUGGCCUGGAUUCUGUUGAGUUAGUUCAUUAUGAUGUUCUGUUAUCCUACCCAAAUAAAACUCAUCUCAACUACAUCUCAAUAAUUGAUGGAGACGGAAAUGAGAUUUUCAAAACAUCAUUAUUUGAACCACCUCCUCCAGGAUAUGAAAAUGUUUCAAAUGUUGUACCACCUUUCAGUGCUUUCUCUCCAAAAGGAAUACCCCAGGGUGACCUAGUGUAUGUUAACUAUGCACGAACUGAAGACUUCUUUAAACUUGAACGGGACAUGAAAAUUAAUUGUUCUGGGAAGAUUGUGAUUGCCAGAUAUGGAAAAAUUUUCAGAGGAAAUAAGGUUAAAAAUGCUGAGCUGGCAGGUGCCAAAGGAAUUAUUCUAUACUCAGAUCCUGCUGAUUACUUUGCUCCUGGAGUAGAGUCCUAUCCAGAUGGGUGGAAUCUUCCUAGAGGUGGUGUCCAGCGUGGAAAUGUCUUAAAUCUUAAUGGUGCUGGCGAUCCUCUUACACCUGGUUACCCAGCAAAUGAAUAUGCGUAUAGGCGUGGAAUCACAGAAGCUGUUGGUCUUCCAAGUAUUCCUGUUCAUCCAAUUGGUUACUAUGAUGCACAUAAGCUCCUAGAGAAAAUGGGUGGAUCAGCAGCACCAGAUCCCAGCUGGAAAGGAAAACUUCCAGUGCCCUACAAUGUUGGACCUGGCUUCACUGGAAACUUUUCUGCUCAAAAAGUCAAGAUGCACAUCCAUUCUGACAAUAAAGUAACAAGAAUUUAUAAUAUCAUAGGAACACUCAAAGGAGCACUGGAACCAGAUAGAUAUGUCAUUCUUGGAGGUCAUCGUGAUUCAUGGGUAUUUGGUGGCAUCGAUCCACAAAGUGGAGCAGCUGUUGUUCAAGAAAUUGUGAGGAGUUUUGGAACACUGAAAAGAAAAGGUUGGAGACCUAGAAGAACAAUUUUGUUUGCCAGUUGGGAUGCAGAAGAAUUUGGUCUCCUUGGUUCUACUGAGUGGGCAGAGGAUAAUUCUAGACUCCUUCAGGAGCGUGCUGUGGCCUACAUCAAUGCAGAUUCUUCCGUAGAAGGUAAUUAUACUCUGAGAGUUGAGUGUACACCACUGAUGUACAGUUUGGUAUACAACUUGACAAAAGAGCUUAAAAGUCCUGACGAAGGCUUUGAAGGCAAAUCCCUUUAUGAAAGCUGGAAUGAAAAGAGUCCUUCCCCUGAGCUGAGCGGUAUGCCCAGAAUUGGCAAAUUAGGAUCCGGUAAUGAUUUUGAGGUGUUCUUCCAAAGACUUGGAAUUGCUUCAGGCAGAGCAAGAUACACUAAAAAUUGGGCAACAAACAAAUUCAGCAGUUAUCCACUGUACCACAGUGUCUAUGAAACAUAUGAAUUGGUGGAAAAGUUUUAUGAUCCAACUUUUAAGAAUCACCUUGCUGUGGCCCAGAUUCGAGGAGGGAUGGUAUUUGAAUUGGCCAAUUCCAUGGUGCUCCCUUUUGAUUGUCAAGAUUAUGCUGUAGUUUUAAGAAAGUAUGCUGACAAAAUCUACAACAUUUCAAUGAAACAUGAACAAGAAAUGCAGAAGUACAGUGUGUCAUUUGAUUCACUUUUUUCUGCAGUGAAAAAUUUUACAGAAAUAGCUACUAAGUUUAGUGAGAGACUUCAAGGUUUGAACAAAAACAACCCAAUACUAUUGAGAAUUAUGAAUGACCAACUGAUGUUUCUUGAACGAGCUUUUAUUGAUCCUUUAGGAUUACCAAAUAGACCUUUUUAUAGGCAUGUCAUUUAUGCUCCCAGCAGCCACAAUAAGUAUGCAGGGGAAUCAUUUCCAGGAAUUUAUGAUGCUCUGUUUGAUAUCAAAAGCUCCGUGGAUCCUUCCAAGGCUUGGGAAGAAGUGAAGAAACAGAUUUCUAUCGCAGCCUUCACAGUGCAGGCAGCAGCAGGGACACUGAGAAAAGUAGACUAGGAGGGUUCUUUAGAGCACAUAUUGAUUUAGUAUAGUAUAUAAUUAAAGAGACUCAUGGUGAAUCCAUUGAUAAACUGAAAUAUUAACAACAUUCAAAUCUUAUCAGCCUUUUUUCUCACCAUGGACCAAAAAGAAUGAUAAGUGACUUGAUUCUAUAAGUAUAGAAGGUAUGCUGAAGUUGUAGCAUUAAAACUAAGGGGAGCACCAUUAUUAAGUCUCUGAUGUGAAUAAGGAAUCAAGUAUAAUUUAACAUUUCAACGAUACUUCUGUUAUAAAUCACAUGGGAAAAUGCACACUGCAUUGCUUGAUCUCCCAUGAUGCAAUUACUGUCAGAACACUGCUGGGGAAGUUCUCGUCUAAUCUUACUUCUAAUCAAUGUAAAUACUCCAUACCAUAUUCAUACCAUACCUAUUCAUACCAUAGGAUACAUACAUUUAAACAUUAUUUUAGCAUUUGUAUUCAUAAUUUGUGU